AUGUUGUCUCGAGGCUCUCUUCGAUCGGCCCAGCUGCUGCGCGGCGUCGCCAAGCAACAACCUCAGCUCGCCCGAUCCUUCGCCACCAUCCAGUCCGACAUCUUCAAGCCUGCCAAGUAUGGCGGCAAGUACACUGUCACCCUCAUCCCCGGUGACGGUAUCGGUACCGAGGUUGCCGAGUCCGUCAAGACCGUCUUCAAGGCCGACAACGUCCCCGUUGAGUGGGAGCAGAUCGAGGUCUCUGGUAUGGAGGGCGCCGGCCGCACUGAGGAUGCUUUCCGCGAGUCUGUCGCUUCCCUCAAGCGCAACAAGCUCGGUCUCAAGGGUAUCCUCCACACCCCCAUCAGCCGAUCCGGUCACCAGAGUUUCAACGUUGCCAUGCGACAGGAGCUUGACAUCUACGCCAGCAUCAGCUUGAUCAAGAACAUCCCCGGCUACGAGACCCGCCACAAGGACGUCGACCUGUGCAUCAUCCGAGAGAACACCGAGGGUGAGUACUCUGGUCUUGAGCACCAGAGCGUCGAGGGUGUCGUUGAGUCCCUCAAGAUCAUUACCCGCGCCAAGUCUGAGCGUAUCGCCAAGUUCGCCUUCUCUUUCGCUCUCGCCAACGGUCGAUCCAAGAUUACUUGCAUUCACAAGGCCAACAUCAUGAAGCUUGCCGACGGUCUUUUCCGCAGCACCUUCCACCAGGUCGCCAAGGAGUACCCUACCCUCGAGGUUGGCGACAUGAUUGUCGACAACGCCUCCAUGCAAGCUGUCUCUCGCCCCCAGCAGUUCGACGUUAUGGUCAUGCCUAACCUUUACGGUGGUAUUCUGUCCAACAUUGGCGCUGCCCUUGUUGGUGGCCCCGGUAUCGUCCCUGGUUGCAGCAUGGGCCGUGAGGUCGCCGUCUUCGAGCCCGGUUGCCGUCACGUCGGUCUUGACAUCAAGGGUAAGGACCAGGCUAACCCUACUGCUAUGCUCCUGUCCGGCAGCAUGCUGCUCCGACAUCUCGGACUCGACGAGCAUGCCAACCGCAUCUCCAAGGCCACCUACGCCGUCAUCGCUGAUGGCAAGGUCCGCACCCCUGACAUGGGCGGUUCCUCCACCACUCACCAGUUCACCAAGGCCAUCCUCGACAAGCUCGAGACUCUUUUCUUCCACUUGAAGAAUGGUCUGCUAUUUAAAUGGGGGAGGGCUGGUGCUGUCACUUUCCCCUUAGCUAAGAAUCGACGCAACCUCAAUGGUAUUCCAGUCCGUCGUUGGGUCCCUGCAAUACCUUGGUGGCAGACUCGUCAGCGAUCAUACCUAACUGGCAUACCUUCUAUUCGAAAGAUGAUCUGCGAUAUCCAUGGUAUAAAGAUCCGCACUGGAAAGCUUCACGAGUGGGAUUGCCUACCUGGUGAAUCGUUUCUAUGGGAUGAUAUUAGUAUUGAACAGCUACGCAUCUUUGAAGUUGCUCUUGUUCCUCAUGCACCAGCAGUAGAGGAUCUAUUCCGAAUCCUAAUCCAUAAAUUCGACCCUAAGGAGCUGCUUAUCAAGGAGCCAUGGUGGGAGUUGGUACAUCUUGAUAUUUUCGGUUAA